GGCCUGCGUCGCCUCUGCCUGACCCCAUCCUGGGCUGCCCCAGGACCUUGCAGGGUGCCUGGUGUGAGCAGGGGGAGGUGGGGGGUGUGCCCUGAGUCUGUGGGUGGGGGCUCCCCUUCCUGUCCCCAGGCCGUCCAGAUGUUAGGGGGGAAACAGAUGUCCUAAAGCGGUAACACAGGCACACGCCAAGGCGGCUGCCAGUGAGUCCUGCUUGAGGCAGGAGCCCCACUUGAAGGUGGGGGAGCAGUGGCUGUUGCAGACGUCCAGAGGGGGCCCUGGGGCCAGUGGGUCUCACCAAGCCCAGCCCCCCUCCCCUCCCCCUGCUGUCAGCAGCCGCCUUGGCUGGCCUGUCCUCCAGCCGCAGGGGAGCGCUGGGCACCCGGGGGUUCCUGGGGUGUGGGGGCCAGACUGGGACCCUGGGGAGGCUCCCCUGGGCUGGGAUCUGGCCGAGGCCGGUCAGUGGUGGGAGGGAGGACCCACUUGCCUCCAGCUUGUUCUUACAGUCAGCAGCUCAGGGGCCCCCCUAAUGUGGGGAGUCCCUACAGCGGGGGCCUCAGUUUCCACACGCCAACAUCAAGUCAGGGCUUUCUGGGAAAGGAGCCUUGAGGUGAAAGUGAGGUGCCCCUUCUCCCCAUCUCCAGCCCCAAACCCAACCUCAGGGCUCUGCUAAAUCCCCUGAGGCUCGGGGCUGAGCCCACCCCUCCGCACUAGAGCCCAGAGGUUUCACCUCCCUGCUGUCCAGUCCCCCAGGCUUGGGGGGCUUAGGAGAACCAGCUUUCUCUGGCCUUGUCCGCCUCCCCCAGCUUCCCUGGGGUCCAGGAACCCUGGCCUGCUGCCUCCUGCUCCCCCGUCUCCUCCCAGCACCCCCUGCUCAUGAGAGCAGGAUCUGGCAGUCCCUGAGCCUGAGCCUUGGGUGACUCUCUAGAGAAGUGGCUUCAUUUGCGAAUCAGUUGUCAAGAAGUUGGGGGUGAACUGAACCCCACAUCCCCAGCUAAGACAGGAAAUGAGCUUCUAGAGGCUCCCGGAACUGGGCUGAGAACAAAGGGGUUAAGUGUUGUCAGAAAAGCAGGUGUGUGUUGGGGGGCGGGCGGGGGCAGAGCUCGCUUGCUGAAGUUCAAGGGCAGUUCACACCUGCAGCUGGGCCAGUGCAGAUCAGCGGCUGCCUCUGGGCGCCCCCCACCCCAGCUCUGACCUCCAUUCGCUCAAGGUUAGUGGCUGAGUCUCCAGCCUCUGCUCCGCCGGUAAAGCAAGCUCAGAAAAAAGUCUAGAAGAGCAUUUUCUUUCUUUUUCUCUUGUGCUUUUGGGACGAGGCCAGCUCAGCCAUUUAGCCUCAUUUCAAACUGACCUGCUCCAGCGCCCCGGAUGUGGGAGUGGGCUGCCGGCCAGCGGAGACGGCGGAGCACAAGGAUCCGGCAUGGAGAGCAGGGCGUGGUGAGGCGGGAGGAAGGAAGAGCCGGCACCGGAGCCCCCGCCCCCGCGUGGGGCAUGUGUGCGGGCCUCGGGGCGUCUCUGCCGCGGCAGCUGAGCCAUGGGCUCCUGCAAGUACAGCGUCUUCAGCCUGACCCUGCUGUCCACCCUGCUCUUUGUGCUUGUUUACAAUAACGGCUUGUGGAGCGAGAAGCGCGCCCUGUGGGCCUCUCUGGCCAACGCAUCCCUGCUGGCUGGCGUCUGUCGCCAGAUAUACCAGGGCAGGGUUUUCCACCCUGAUGACAACGCCCUGAAGACGGUGCUCAGCACCCCCUCCUGCCGGGACUACCUCGCCCAGAGCCACUACAUCUCGGCCCCGCUGUCGCGGGAGGAGGCCGCCUUCCCGCUGGCCUACGCCAUGGUGGUGCACAAGGACUUCGGCACCUUCGAGCGGCUCUUCCGGGCCGUGUACGCGCCCCAGAACGUGUACUGCGUGCACGUGGACCAGAAGGCCGGCGCCGACUUCCAGCUGGCCGUGGAGCAUCUUCUGAGCUGCUUCCCCAACGCCUUCCUGGCCUCCAGGACGGAGCCGGUGGUGUACGGGGGCAUCUCGCGGCUGCAGGCCGACCUGCACUGCCUGGCGGACCUGGCGGGCUCGCGGGUGCCCUGGAGGUACGUGCUCAACACCUGCGGGCAGGACUUCCCCCUGCGGACCAACCGGGAGAUCGUGCGGCACCUGAAGGGUUUCCGGGGGCAGAACAUCACCCCGGGGGUGCUGCCCCCCGCGCACGCGGUGCCCAGGACCCGCUAUGUGCACCGGGAGCACCUGGGCCCGGAGGCCUCCUACGUGAUCAGGACCUCGGCGCUGAAGGCGCCUCCGCCCCACAACCUGACCGUCUACUUUGGCUCGGCCUACGUGGCGCUGACCAGGGCCUUCGUGGACUUCGUCCUGCACGACCAGAGGGCGGUGGACCUGCUGCGGUGGUCCCGGGACACCUUUAGCCCCGACGAGCACUUCUGGGUGACCCUCAACCGCAUCCCAGGUAGGCGCCUCCCCUCGCUUUGGUGCUGACGAGCAGACAUGCUCGGCCACCAACAGGAUCUUAGAAACCAAGAUGACGCCUCCCCUGGUGGCGCAGCAGUUGAGCGCUGGGUUGCGAGGCUGCCCGCAGCCUCUGCAGCGCCGGUUCAAUCCCCGGCUGCCAGCGAGAGUCCCACAAAAAAAAAAAAGAAAGUAAUCAAAACGAAACCCCGUCUCAGAGCUCUUAACCUCUUCCCUGUGAAAAAGCCACAGCACCUGGCGCUGCAGGGGGCCGAGAGAAGUCAGCUCCCACCUUGUGGAGAGGAAAUGCCGGCCGGUAACAGAUGCGUUUUGUGCCUCCCGGGCCCCAGCCGUGAGCGUGCAGCCCCUCGAGGUGUCCCAGGCUGACUGUGCCCCUCGGGAGCCCGCAGCAGGUGCCAUAGUCACAUCCGAGGGGUGACUUGAUCUAAGAGCGCUUGUCCUGCUGGGGACCCGUGUGGGAAGCCACGUCUAUCCCAAAAGGGAGCAGGGCGCAGCUCACCCUGCUUUCCUUUGCCAGCCCCCCGAGACAGAGCAGAACACCUGGAGCACUUAGAGGUUCUGGCGCCUUCAUUCUGCAGUGGGGAGGCCCUCGGCUGGGCCCGAGCAGGCCGCUUGCCAGCUGGUCUCCCUGCCCUGCUCUCCCUCUGCCGAUGUGCAGUGAGGUUUCGGGGUCCAAGUUCCCAAUGGGCUUAUAAUCUCUGGUUGUUUUCAGGGGAGUAAGGCAAUUCUUCUUGUUCCAUUUAAAACUCAACUUCAGACACACGGAGAAAGACCCAGGCCCGGG